AAUUCUAGAUAGGCUAAUGUGAUAUAGCUGAUAUGAGUAAGACCUUGGAUUAUGGUGUGGAUAGUAGCAACGGAAAUGAUGGGAAACAUAUGCGAUCACGUCAAUCUGCCACGCAACAGUCGAGGUGGUUUUCCGGAUUACGUGCAAGGAUCUCACAGCUUAAUAUGCCGGAAUGGUUGAGCCAACUUGGAGUUAGGAAUUUCAGUUAUAUAGUACCAACAGAGGAAGUGUUACCCAGUGACAAAGCCGAAGAAAAAGUGGACUGCAAAGAUGAUCAACCGGAGCAGAGGCUGGAUGAUGUUUCAGAGAAGUUAGAGACAUGCUGUGAUCCAGGAAUAGACGUAAAUGGAAGUGAUACGAUAGGCUCGUGGUUAUGGGAAGAAGCUGGUUAUGAUGAUACCCUUGCUUUGCAGCACUUUGGCCCAUUGAAGAAUCUUAUUACAGGUUGUAGUCAUCCAGGAAAAGGACACGAUUUCUUGUCACUAUCUGUUACCCAUCCAACCUGGUGUGACAAAUGUGGAGAUUUUAUGUGGGGAUUUUUGACACGAGCUGUGAAGUGUGAUAACUGCAAUUACACUUGUCACGCAAAAUGUAGAUCGCUGGUAACACUUGAUUGCAAAACGGCCGAUAGUACCUUGAAUUCGUGCCAUGAAUUAGCUGUAACUUCUUGUUCAAAUCUCAAAAUGUUCACUGAAAAUGACGACAUUCUUGAGGAACAAAAAGAUGAAACGAGCGGUUUUGUACAAAUUCACAUGAAUUUUAUGCGACCUAUAAAUGUGGUAGCAGGCGAUUCACUUUCAUUUUUGGAUGUUACUAAUGAAUCAGGGUCUAUAACUACCAGUUCCUUAAGGACAAUCACAACAUUUUUCCUUCCGAGAAAUACUAUAAAGAAUGUGAAUAUAAGUAGCAAAAUGACUACCAGAGAAAUGAUUGUAACUUUACUGCGGAAAUUCCGAGUUGCAGAUAAUCCACGGAAGUUUGCACUGUAUGAACGCGUCUGUCAGUUUCCAGAAAGUCCAAAUGUACAGAAUUUUAGUUUAACCCGCAUUCCGGACGAAUCAUUUCCGCUUAAAAUUGUGCGCUUAUGGGAAGAGAAGGGUGAGAAACGGCAAUUAGUUUUACAGGAGAACGAUACAGGCGAUAUUUUGUGGGAUAUGUUUGAGGUUCCAGAACUUGAGAACUUUUUAAAAAUAUUGGAAGAUGAAGAGAAACAAUACUCUUUUCGUAUUCGGCAGAAAUACGAUGCUUACAGGUGGUAUUUGGAUGAAAAUUUACGUAAUCGAGGUUUUACAGUGGAUAAUGAUGAAUUUAGCUCGGUAAAAGCAAAUUCUUGUAUAUCCACUGACGUUUAG